AUGGCUUCAGCCACCGGGGUACCUUUAGUGGUAGAACCUAGAUCUAAUGCCCUCCGCUGGAUGGAUCUGCAGCCUAUUCAUCUAAACGAGCUACCACCACAUGCUGGUAUACCCGCUGAAAGUACAAAAUCAGGACUCACGCUUUCUGCUUUCCUCAACUCUGUGCUCACUGAAGCUUUUGAGAUCAAUCUUGAUGGUGAUGAAUGGAUAUCUCACGGCCGCUGGCCAGGUGCUCGACCCGACUACGUCAAGAUGCCGCCAUUCUCAGGAACGGCGUCGGAUCCUGACAUAAACGUACUACUUCAUGUUGACAAAAGAGCAUCGGGCAAAGAUAGCUCUGCUUGGUUGGCUAGGAAGUCAAACCACUCAGCACUCGACAUACAAUGCUCUGAAUUGGACACGCUGUUGGCCCAGGACCAUUGCCGUAAAGAAGCCGAGUAUACGCCAAGUGUGCUCGAGGCGAACGAAAUUUUGAAGUGGAGUGCGGAAGAUUUGGAGAAGGCCGUCGCGGAAUUGAAACCUGAGUGGAAAGUGGGAUCGGUCCAAAUGUCCAUCUACCAGAUGUUUCACGAAAUGCCAAAAGCUCUUGGCCUCUCCCUUCUCCAAAACAGAGUCUUCCAUGUCCUCUGCAUAACCGCCCAUUCAACGUCUCCAUCAAAUUCACUCUCCCUAUCUCACACCCUCCAACUACCCAUCAACUUUGCAUCCUUCGCAUCCAUCUCCUCCAUAACGUCAAAAAGUCACAUCAAUCCGACUUCCCUAAAGUACAACAACUCUGGCGCCACUGACAGGCAGAAGAAGCAAAACGGCAACAAAUUCACAGAGGGCGUGUACGUGAGUUUGGAGAGAUUAUGUGAGGGAUCAGCCGAGGGAGAGCAUCGGUGGGAUAUGAUGACAAAAAGUGAUGCAAAAGGCAUCACGAAGAUUGCACCGUGGAGUACGAGAAGGAAGGAGACGCUGAAUGCAGUGGCGGAGGAUGUCAAAUAUGUGCUUGAUGAGAUUAAGAAGAGAAGGAGGGCGGAGCGAAGAAGUGCGGGAGCGACUGGGUAG